AUGUAUAAAUAAAGUCCAAAAAUAAAAUCAAACGAUUACAGAUUGAAUUAGAUACAUAGAAAUUAUGUUGCUGGUGAUUACAAUUUAAAUAACUAAAAUUAGUAUCAUAUUUAGUAAUCUUUAAAUUCUUAAAAUAUUAUUGCAUAAUAUAAGAAUAAAAAGAAUGAAAAGAAACAAUAGGUAACAAAGAGAAUUAAAAUGGUUGAUCCAUUUUCUAAUAAUUAUUAGCGUAAUAUGUAAAAUUAAUAGAUUAAAUUUAGAAAUUCAUUCGCUUAUGUAUAUGAGGCAGGAGGAAUACCUUGUAAAAUAAAUUACCAUGCUCAUGGGAAUAUGAAAAUCUAAUGGAUUCCAGAUGUUAAUAUUUAAACUUUGCCAUAUGAUCCAGUAUUGGUUACAUGUUUUAAUGGAUUAUUAGAUGAUGUUUAACCUUAUUUAGCAAUUGCAACAACUGCAAUUCAAUAUAUGCUAUCAAAUGAAGUAAUUAUUUAAUUAGAAUAAAGGUUGCAUAAGAAAAAAUUAUCUCACUUCUUCCAAAAUUAGUAUUACCAUUACGAAAUGCAUUAAGUUCUAAAAGUGACAAAGUUUUCAGUUCGGCUUUAACAGUUUUGAUGUAAUCUGUCAUCUAAAAUUAAGUUAUUUGUCUAAUAUUGUUGGAUCUCAUUUAGAUAAAUAUCUCAAAUUAUUUCUUGUUCCUAUCUGGUAGAGAUAAAAUCAUUCUGCUUUUAGCGAAUAAAUUAGAUUAGCUUUUCUCACUUUGGAAAAUAAUGGAGUAUUUUAAAUUAUUAAUUAGGGUACUGAAGUUUAUUAAAUUAUCAAAUAAAAGAUUCCAACAUAUUACAAUUUUUGA